UAUCGGGAAACGUACACUAUGAAAUUACAAAUUUUGUAUAUGUGCCUGUUGGCAUUUGUUAACAAUGUUUGGUGUCUCGAUGAAGAUCACGUUAAGAAUAGUAACCACACCACCACAACUAGAGAAUCGAAAACAAUAAAACGAGGUAUCGGUCAUUACAAUCCAAUGGGAUGGGGUGGCUACGGAGUUGGUUCGUACGGAGUGCCCACCAAACCAGUGCAAGGAUAUGGAGUGUCGAACACCCCGGUACAAGGAUAUGGAUUUUCAAAUAUCCCGAUACAAGGAUACGGAGUAUCUGCUGUUCCGGUGCAUGGAUACGCGGUGGUACACCAAUCUGAACGACCCGUACCGUAUCCAGUACCUUAUCCAGUGACUUACGACCGACCGGUGCCAUAUGAUCGACCAGUACCGUACCCGGUAUCAUAUGACCGGCCGGUACCCUACCCGGUGCACGUGGACCGGCCGCUUCCGUAUCCAGUGCGAGUUGAUCGACCAGUGCCAUAUCCGGUGCAGGUAGAAAAACCAUUGCCGUACCCGGUACACGUGGACCGGCCGGUGCCGUAUCCGGUUCAAGUUGAGAAGCCGUUACCAUAUCCAGUGGACCGGCCGGUUCCAUAUCCUGUGCAGGUGGAGAAACCACUGCCGUACCCAGUGCACGUGGACCGACCGGUGCCGUAUGCAGUGCAUGUGCCUUACAAAGUGGCCGUACCGGUAGACCGACCAUACCCGGUAAAAGUACCUGUGCCCACGCCGUAUCCGGUUGACAGGCCAGUUCCGUAUCCCGUUCAGGUGGCCGUCAAGGUUCCAGUGGUGCAGCAAGUACCGGUCGAAGUGUCUCGGCCUUAUCCCGUGCUGGUGCAGCAGCCCGCACCGGCGGUGGUGCAACAACAACCUGUACUAUGGAGUAAGGUGUCGUCAUAUCCAGUUUAUACGACAGACCAGCCAGCGGUACAGUGGCAGAAGCAGUAUCCCUAUUACUCAAACGUGGACAACAGUAAAAACUACAUAGGCAUGCCCGUGUACAAUGGUGGUAACCAGGCUGGUUAUCAACGUAGUCAGUACCCAUCCGGUUAUAGCAUUGGUGUAAACCACGCACUGAUCGGGCUUGGCGUGGGCGGCCGGGGCGCGGGCGCGGGCGCGACGGGCACGGCAGGCCCGACCGGCAUCAUCGGUGGAACGACAGGGAGCCUUUUGGGGGCGGUGUUCAACGUAAUGCAGGGGUUGACAUCACCGGGUGGUAGCGUCACCGGUUACGCGGCAGGACACAAUGAUUAUUUGGGACCCAAGACCACAGGAUUCACAACUGUCAUUAACAAAUAAAUAGUACGUAUACCGAGAGAGUAAGAAA